AUGGACGACUCGGGAGCUAUCUCCAUUGAUGAUGCCCUGAAAAUUGCUGAGCAGCAGGACGUCAAGGUUUCAAUGGAUGAUGUCACGGCUCUCCUGUCGGAGGUGAAAUCUGCAGCCGACGGCUGGUUGGACUUGCCUUCCUUCUGUGCGCUGUGGACAUGCAUGACGAAUGCACAGAAGAUCAUCAACUAUCGCGAGUAUCUUGAAGCGGAGGAGGUCGCUUCCUAUAGGGCCAUGUUCCAGGACAGGCCUAAGCAACAUCCCAGUGUUUUCACUUGUAAUCGCGAAGCCCUGGAAGAAGUCUCGGAAGUUUUGCGGAAUACUGGCCUCGUCCGGGUUCGCCGUCACCUCACGCGGAUCUGGGAGGAGAUGGCUAUCGACAAGAAGACGAUGUUGGACUUCGCACAGUUCUGCGUCGUGAUCGUCCGGCUCAUGAAGCGACGGAAGACGUGCACCUGUGCGGGACUCUACGAAGAAGGGUUCACCGUGAAGGAGCUCCUAAUGUCGGGAUUCAAGUUGAAAGACUUCGAAGCCAUCAGGAUACCAGCCAGAAAACUCUACCAAGAUGGUGGCUUCUCUGCGCUGGAGCUCCGUCGUGUAGGCUACACGGCCACAGACCUUCGGCGCGCUGGUUUAGGUAUCGUUGAGUAUGCACUUGGUAUUUUUAACCCAAUGCCACGGAUCCUGUUCUUGGAAAAGCCGCCUUUGUGGGCAAGCAACUGA